AUGACAACUCUGUCUUCUCUCUCCAUCCCACCGCCAUGGAAAAACUUCAUCAAGUUUUCCGUGGCGAUACGAUUCACAACAAGGGAACCUGUUGAACUUCCAUUGAGGCAUCCACAACUGUUCAAGUCACCAAAGCGUAUUCUUAUUGCUCGCUCCGUGGCCAACGAAACCGGAGCGUUUUUCUUCUGUAUCAUUGGACCUGAGAUCAUGUCGAAACUGGCCGCUCCUUACGCUUAUGGAUGGACUGAAAUCGGUGUUCCUGAUGAAAUCGGACGUCUUGAAGUUCUUAGUAUCCACACGAAGAACAUGAAGCUAGCUGAAGAUACUGCUCUUGGAAACAGCAACCCAUCUGCACUUCGUGAAACCGUUGUGGAGGUUCCAAAUGUCUCAUGGGAGGAUAUCAGAUGUCUUGAGAAUGUUAAGAGAGAGCUACGAGAGAGAGGAAGCCGCGCGGGUGAUGCAGGCGGUGCAGCUGAUAGACUUUUGAAUCAGCUUCUGACGGAAAUGGAUGCGAAGAAGACGGUCUUCAUUAUUGGAUCAACUAACAGGCCUGACAUUAUUGAUCCGACUCUUCUUCUUCCUGGAAGACUCGACCUGCAUUCCCGUCUCAACAUCUUCAAGGCUUGCCUGAGGAAACCUCCUGUUGCUAAAGAUGUCGAUGUAACUGCACUCGCUAAGUACACUCAGGAAUUCAGUGGUGCUGAUAUCACUGAGAUUUGCCAGAGAGCUUGCAAGUACCCCAUCAGAUAA